AUGAACGGUCUGAUCAACGCACCCGUCACUGCCCUGCCCUAUAACAGGCAGCCGGCAAUCACAUUCAAAUGUGUUAGUACAGACACGUCCAGCUGUUCGGUGACCAUCAACGGACAGGUGUGCCUUGAGUCCUCGGAUGAGGAGUCAUCAUCAUCUGACAUCCCAGUCGGCAACAGCAAGGUGUCCUACUGCACCUACUGCGAUGCCACUUGCAAGGGCUACAGCCAGUGCAACAACUACGAGACCAACAAGUGUGUCAAAGUGAACAGAGCCUGUGGUGGCGGCUCAGUUGGUUACGGUAUCUUCCGGAAGAAUUUCGAUCAGGUCUCGGUCGCCAUGUACAUGGACUCCUCCUGUGUGGGUUCAACCUUCUCCACUGCCAACGACACCUGCAACGACUGCCUCAGCGACACCCUCAAUAGCUAUGUAAAGUGCAUAGCCAAUGUUGCCAUCCGUUCCAUGGUGGUCUCUGUUGGAUUGAUGGUGAGCACCAUUGCCUUGCUCGCUCUUGUUCUUUAUUAA